ACGAAAAGACAAACCGUCUCCAAGGACAGCUAUUCCUCUGUAAUUGGUGUACACUGGCUUCAAAAGCUGAGGAUGUUUCCCAAAAAGAAGUCUGCCCCAAGAGACGCACACACACUCAGGAGGCCAGUGAUGCACGGGAGCCCAAAUUUCCACCAUUCAAAAGACUGCAGUGAACACGUAAGGAGAAACGAAACGCAACAAGCCAAAUGUCCGCACUCUGCAUUGCGGGGCAGGCGCAGGGUGAAGGCCAAUGACAGGGAGCGUCACCGGAUGCACAACCUCAAUUCUGCUCUGAACACGCUCAGAAACAUCUUGCCAGCUCUGCCCGAGGACGGCAAGAUGACCAAGAUAGAAACUCUGCGGUUUGCCCACAACUACAUCUGGGCCCUGACCGAGACUCUGCGUAUAGAGCAGCAAGCACACAAGGCAGACUACCUGCCUGCCCUGAGCAGGACUGGUCAGCACACAGCUGAGGCCCACUUGGUACCAUCUGAUCAGCCUUGUUGUGGCCCAAUAACCUUUUACCCCAAGCUACUCUCCUGCGAGAGUGAACUCGGAUAUGAUUGGCAAUAAUAAAAUGUCAAUUCCUUUUCACCCUAACUUAUAAAAAACAUUAAAAGCAGCUCCUUAUUGUUUCAUUUUUU